AAAAGAUUUCCCGAAUGUUGGUGUAUCCAGCAUCCACUCUUGCCACAUUUUGCAGUGAUGGGCGUGACGAGUCCAGCUUAGUUCGUGGGAUGUUCCACCGAUAGAUUUUCAGGAUGAACAUGUGAAAACCUUCACCACCAGUUUUGUUCGUCACAGAAAAGCUAACAGAUUCCCCUUCUUGCAGAAAGGGUGCGAUGAAACUAUUUUUAGAACUAUGGUGGUUUCUGUGUGGACCACUAUUUCUGAAGAUAUGUCUCGGGAAUCCAGAUGCAAAACGUCUUUACGACGAUCUUCUGUCGAAUUACAAUCGACUUAUCCGACCUGUAGGCAACAAUUCAGAUCGAUUGACUGUCAAGAUGGGAUUGAAACUAGCACAAUUGAUCGAUGUGAAUUUGAAAAAUCAGAUUAUGACAACCAAUGUCUGGGUAGAACAGGAGUGGAAUGAUUAUAAGUUGAAAUGGAAUCCUGAGGACUACGGAGGGGUGGAAACCCUCCACGUACCUUCAGAACAUAUUUGGCUGCCAGAUAUAGUACUCUAUAAUAAUGCUGAUGGUAACUAUGAAGUGACAAUAAUGACAAAAGCAAUUCUCCACCAUACUGGGAAAGUUAUCUGGAACCCACCAGCAAUUUAUAAAUCGUUUUGCGAGAUUGAUGUUGAGUAUUUUCCUUUCGACGAACAAACUUGCUUUAUGAAAUUUGGUUCUUGGACUUACGAUGGCUACAUGGUUGAUCUGAGACACCUUCAACAAGUACAAGACUCCAACAAAAUCGAUGUAGGUAUAGACCUUCAAGACUACUACAUAUCAGUUGAAUGGGACAUAAUGCGUGUGCCAGCAGUACGCAAUGAAAAAUUCUACAGUUGCUGCGAAGAACCAUACCCCGACAUCAUCUUCAAUAUUACACUAAGGAGAAAAACAUUAUUUUAUACCGUGAACCUGAUAAUACCGUGCGUUGGAAUAUCUUUUCUAUCCAUUCUCGUAUUUUAUCUGCCGUCUGACUCAGGCGAGAAGGUGUCACUCUGUAUAUCUAUUUUACUAUCACUUACCGUUUUCUUCCUAUUAUUGGUGGAAAUUAUUCCUCCAACUUCCAUCACAGUGCCUCUUCUAGGAAAAUAUUUGCUUUUUACAAUGUUGCUGUGCACAUUAUCUGUUGUUGUAACAAUUGUUGUUUUGAACGUGAACUUCAGAUCUCCAGUAACCCACAAACUAGCUCCUUGGGUGAGGAUCUGCUUCAUCGAUAUAUUGCCUAAGUAUCUAUUCAUACAGAGGCCGAACAAAGACGACGACGAUGAAAAAAGUCAAGACAGCAAUGUUCUCACAGACAUCAUACAAAUACCAAUGUUAGAUAGAUGUAAAGCGUAUGAUAAAUCCCUGGAUAACUAUGAUUUUGCUAUGCAUCCUUCCAGAUACGAUAUGGAAGUAGCAUCACGAAUGGGAACCUGUUUUCGGGAAGUUCCUUAUCCCACAGUGCCGCUGAGCGGAGGUGACGAAGAACUUUACAGUCCGGCCAGUUGUAGGACGAAUAUUUUCAGUGCGAGCGACGAAAGUCCCUGCUUCGAUAAGAUUGACUUGCAUGAUAUGGAUAAAACCAUCAACGAUUCGAGAUUCAUAGCUCAGCAUGUGAGGAACAAGGAUGCGUUCGAAAAUGUGGAAGAGGAUUGGAAGUACGUCGCCAUGGUGCUAGACAGACUGUUUCUAUGGAUUUUCACUCUUUUGUGUAUUAUUGGUACGGGAAUUAUAAUUUUCAAUGCACCAUCGUUAUAUGAUACCAAUAAACCAAUAGACGUAUUGAUUUCGAAGGUGGCUAAGAAAAAGAUGGCACUAUUGAAAAUGGUUCCGGAAGAGUUAUAAGGAGAGUAUUUAUUAUCCAAUAAUUGACCCAAUACAGAAGAUAAUCAUUAAUAUUAUUAUUGUUAACUUAUUGAAUUUGUAUCAUUAUUAGAAAAUGAAAUUUUAUUCUUGAGUGAACUCUUUUGGAGUUUAUGAAUAAAAAAUAUAAA